AUGAAGCAGAUGGGUUUCCCGGAUAGGUGGUGUUUGUGGAUUAAAGGUAUCUUGGAAUCGGCUAGGUCCUCGGUUUUAGUUAACGGAUCUCCGACUUUCGAGUUCCAAUGCUCCAAAGGGUUACGUCAAGGAGACCCUAUCUCACCGUUUCUUUUUAUCAUGGUUAUGGAGGUGCUUUCGUGUAUGAUUGAAAAAGCAAGAAGUGAAGAGGUGGUCACGGGCAUUCAAAUUCCAAAUGGUCCUUGUGUUUCUCAUUUGUUCUAUGCGGACGAUGCGAUCAUCCUUGGGGAGUGGUCGGAGUUGAAUAUUAGGAAUGUGGUCCGUAUUCUUCGGGUUUUCAAUAUUUGUUCCGGUUUAAGAAUUAAUCUAGAAAAGUCUAAUAUUUUUGCGGUGGGGGUGCCUUCGGCUGAAUUGGAUUCUAUGGCUAAUUGCGUGGGUUGUUUGGCGGGAAGUUUUCCGUUCAAAUAUCUCGGUCUUAUGGUUGGGGCGAACAUGAAUCGGGUCUGCAAUUGGAAACCGGUUUAUGAUGUGUUCGACGCUCGGUUGGCCAAAUGGAAGGCAAAGUUGCUUUCCGUUGGAGGUCGGAUUACUUUGAUUAAAGCGACCAUUGAAGCUUUACAUUCGGUGAGAAACGGUGGUGUGUUUCUUCCUGCUAAAAAAUCCCUAUCAGGAGUGUGGUAUAAUAUUGCUCCGGUUUUAUGUAAAACUAACAUUAACGGGACCCCAUUAAGAAGCUUUUUCAAAGCCUCGGUGGGGAACGGCAGUUCGACGGCAUUCUGGUUGGAUCCGUGGGUCUGCAACAGACCUUUAAAAGAGGCAUUCCCAGCUUUAUUUCAGCUCGAGAUGGAUAAAUCUUGUAAGGUCAGUGUGUGCUUUGGCCUAAAUCAGCGGUUCAUUUGGAGAUGGAGAAGACCGUUAUCGUCUGAAACGGAAGUCAAUGAGCUGGUGAAUCUUUGUUCGCUAAUGGUUCAGGUAACUUUGAGUCAGAAUAUAGAUAAAUGGGAAUGGAUCGGUGCCGCGGAUAAGGAAUUUAGCGUCAAGGCUGUAAAGAAGCUCCUCGAUUCAGACAGGUUAGGCUUGGAGAAUUAUGUGAUUGAAGAUUGUAAAUGGAUUCCGAAAAAAUGCUCUAUUUUUAUUUGGAAAGCUGAGAUGGGAAGAAUAGCGACAACGGAUGAACUAAGGAAAAGGAAUAUCGAUGUUGGAGAUUCGGGUUGCUGUCUUUGCGGGGAGGUAAACGAAAGUAUCGAACACAUAUUUACUGGGUGUUCGGUUGCUUCUAUGUUGUGGUCCUUUAUUAGCAGCUGGUGCAAGUGUCAAAACUUCAUGAUUUUCUCGUUCAGAGACUUAAUCGAAGUUCACAACCAUGUGGGGUUGAGUGGUCAGAAAAUUGAAGUGGUUAAAGGCCUUAUUCACAUCGGUUGCUGGAGCUUAUGGAAAAUAAGGAAUGAAGCGAGAUUUAAUAACAAACCGGGUGGGCUUUUAAGUUGGGCUAUAUAA